AUGAAGAGCAACUUCACCCCGGCAGACAUGGACCUGUGGACUGAGGCUCCGGAAGCGCCCACCAUUUUCCCCCGGGUGGGCUACAGCGUUCUCUCUUUCCUCAUGUUCAUCAACACGCUGUUAUCGGUCUUCAACAACACACUGGUGAUAUCGGUGAUGCUGAAGAACCCUCAGAUCGUCAACGCUAUGAACGUCAUCAUCCUGAGCCUGGCCACGUCUGACCUUAUGAUUGCUUGCUGUGGCUCUGCCAUUGUGACACUCACCAACUACAAAGGCUACUUCUUCUUGGGGAAGGAAUUUUGCAUAUUUCAAGGAUUUGCGGUGAACUAUUUUGGUCUGGUUUCCCUGUGCACGUUGACGCUGCUGGCGUAUGAGCGGUACCGGGUGGUAUGCAAGCCCAUGGCUGGCUUCAAGCUGAACGUGCGGCGCAGCUGCCAGGGCCUCAUGUUUGCGUGGGUCUACUGCCUGUUCUGGGCCGUGGCGCCGCUGAUGGGCUGGAGUUCGUACGGCCCCGAGGGCGUGCAGACGUCCUGCUCGCUGGCCUGGGAGGAGCGGUCCUGGAGCAACUACAGCUACCUUGUCCUCUACACCUUACUCUGCUUCCUGUUGCCAACCGGCAUUAUCAUUUACUGCUACAGCAAAGUCCUCAUCAGCAUGAGACAGCUGAACAGGAGUGUGGAGCUGCAGGGAGGCCGAUCGAGCCUGGAGGAAAAUGAGCGUGCCGGUCGCAUGGUCUUGGCCAUGAUUGUGGCCUUCUUUAUCUGCUGGCUGCCUUACACUGCUCUGUCUGUGGUGGUGGUGGUGGACCCAGAGCUGGAGAUCCCUCCACUGCUCGCCACCAUGCCCAUGUACUUCGCCAAGACCAGCCCUGUCUACAACCCCAUCAUCUAUUUUCUAUCAAACAAACAGUUCCGUGACUGUGCCCUGGAGGUUCUCUCGUGCGGCCGCUACAUCCCCCGUGGCACCAAGACCGGCAGCCUCAUGAUGGCGUCCCUCCAGCGCAGCCAGAUCACCAGCAUUCCAAGUAGAAUCCAGCCCGUCUGACCACAGUUCCAUAUCAGAACUCAGAACUUCACCAUAUAUCCUGUAGCAUGUUCCCAUUUCCAGUGCACAGAUAAAGUGUCUGUGGAGGAUAGGGCUGAUCCAAGGAAAAAAUCUUUUAUCACAAUGUUUUGUUGUUGUUUUCUUUUGUAAAUAAAAAU